UCAAUCAAGCACUCCAAGAAUGUAGUACCAAGACUUGGACAACUUGAUACGCAUUAAAUACACAAGAACCAAAUCCUGGCCGUCCAAUUUUCAUGGAAUCACAUAAAUUUGACGAUGGCACGUAUGCGUUAGCCUCUCCAUUCCAUGGUCGGCAUCACCAAUCUAUUCCCAUAAAGGGCUAUCACGUUUUUCUCUCCCUUUGAGAUAUACUACAGCUCUUCCUGAUUCUUGAGAUUUCACAAGGAAAAAUGGAAACCAAAGUUGAUGGCGGAGAAUACCAAGACUUGUUGCCUGUGAUGGCAGAUAAGUUAGAUGUCGAUACCUUUGUUGCCGAACUCUGCAGUGGGUUCCGUCUUCUGGCAGAUCCAGCUAAAGGGUUGAUCACGUCCACAAGUCUGCAGAAGAACUGUGAGCUUUUAGGAUUACAAGGGAUGAGCGAAGAAGAUGCAGAGGCUAUGGUACGAGAAGGCGAUCUAGACGGAGAUGGGGCGCUCAACGAGACGGAGUUUUGCAUUCUUAUGGUCAGACUCAGUCCGGGGAUGAUGGAGGAUGCUGAGACUUGGCUUGACAAGGCCAUCCAAGGGGAGUUGCAGAGAGCCUCUUCUUGAUUUUGUGUUUGUCAUUUUUAUUUGUGUAGAUGAUGCCUAAAUUACUAACUACCUUAUAUCCUCUCUAUGUUUCUAUCAUAUAAUUGGUGGAACGAAUUAACUAUGCAACCUGAGACGACAGUCGAUUACUUUUAGAGAUGUAAACCUGCAAAAUGCAUUUGAUGUUCGUUUAUUUACUACUUAUAAACAGGUGGGCUCCCUGCUUUCAAGA